GAAUCGCCUCCGAUGAAGUUUUUAUGGGGAUCCCCCCAACCGAAUCGCUAGACUCAGGACCCCAACCGUGAAGAGAAUUGCAGGGUCCAUGGUCUGACCGCGGAGUGCAUGUGUCAGAGCUGGGCUUCCUCAGUGGCUUAGACGGAGCAGUGGACAGCAUAUCCAGGUGCACAUGGGGAAUACGACAGCCCAUUGGAGCCUGUGGGGGACACCUGGGACCAUGAGGACAGAAGACAGAACACACUGAACAAAACUCCCACGAAAUUGUUCAUGAUGCGUAUGCUGGCAGUUGCUGAGCUAGGGGGUGUUGGUCAGAGGGGGGCUGAAUUUGCUGAGUCUGUAAUCCAGAACGGAUCAACUUCCAACCAGACAGAUCACAUCAUUCCACCAGCCGAAUCGAUGAGUAAUCCCAACGUACCCCCCAGUGCAGCCUUCUCUCUCUCUCCGCCCACCGCCACACUGCUUGAGAAACCCCAGGACUCAAGAUAAGCAGCGAGACACUUCCUCUCGGGCGAGCUGCGAGCAGCUGGCAGAAGGCGCCAGCAGCAAGUCCUUCCCAUCCUUGCAGGGAACGUUGGCUAUCACCUGCCUGAGAUUCUCCCCCUGUUGUCUCGGUACCUCUGUGCUAUGAGCGGCAGCUGCCUGUCAUGGGCCUCAGCCCUGGGUGUCCUGCUGACUUUGUCCAUAUCAGGGAUAAAGAACUCUGGAGCUCAGUGUCCUGCGUGCCCUGAAAAUGCCCGAUGCUACAACAGUACCCAUUGCACUUGCGAGGACGGGUUCCAGCCCACGUUUGUGAAGUCCCAUGAGAGAUGUGAAGAUACUGACGAGUGUCCGACCGGGCCAGUAAAGCGCUAUCCGAUUGCGAUCUGCAGAAAUGGGACAGGAUAUUACAUCCGCAGCUGCAGUGUGGUCAGCCCCUCCUUGCUGAACUUGUUGGCUCACGUCUUUACCGAAGACCAUCCAGAUUGUUUCAUGUGGCCCUGGCAAAUGAUUUCGCCCCGGGGAACGGUUUCCUAUGAAGACCCAACAGAAGCAGGAUUUUCUUCCGAGCCCACACACUCCGUUGCUGGAACGGAUAUUUUUGCUCCCCCAAAGGACAGGAAUCGGAAGAUGGAGUCGCCAGGGAAUGUCUGGAAAAAUCUGAACAGAAACAUGAACAAACAGCAGGUUGCUAGGACUGCAACGCAGAUACUUCAGCAAGUGGAGCUGGCCGUGUGGAAUGAAAGCCUUGCUUCUCCACACAAGGGUGAAAAGCCCUCGCUUGGAAUAGUCUAUGAAUCGAAGAAGUGCCACGAGGAGAGCGAGCAGAUUCUCCUGGAAGCCGGAAACAACACGAUGCUCAUCUCUUGCAGCGCCUUCCAAACCUCAGGAGGCAGCAGUGUGGUUGCCCUCAUCACUCACCAGUCUCUGGGGGACGUUCUGAAUGCGUCCUUCUUCAGUCAGAGGAGAGGGAUGCGGGGACUGCAGCUCAGCUCCCGCAUCGUGAGCGGCACCGUCGGCUUGAGCCACUCCCUCCAGCUGCAUGAGCCCAUGUCCCUGACUUUUCAACAUACUCGGACUGACGGCGGUGCAAACAAGAAGUAUUUCUGUGUCUACUGGGCGGUCUCAGCGGAGGGAGGAAGCUGGUCGACCGAGGGCUGCUCACACGUCUAUAGCAACGAGACCCACACCGUGUGCGGCUGCUCCCACCUGUCGAGCUUUGCUGUGCUCAUGGCUCUGACGCCCAAGGAGGACCCUGUGCUUAAUGCGGUCACCUACGUGGGGCUGGGCGUCUCCCUGCUCUGCCUCUUCCUGGCGGCCCUCACCUUCCUGCUGUGCCCGGCUCUCCGCAGCACCGGCACCUCCAUCCACUUGCAGCUCACGCUCUGCCUGUUCCUGGCACACUUCCUCUUCCUCACGGGCAUCCGAAGAACUGAGCCCCAGGUGCUGUGCUCCAUCGUGGCGGCCGUCCUGCACUUCCUGUACCUGGCCGCCUUCGUCUGGAUGCUGCUCGAGGGGCUGCGGCUGUUCCUCACCGUCAGGAACCUCCAGGUGGCCAACUACACCAGCGCCAGCAGGUUCCGGAAGCGCUUCAUGUACCCGCUGGGCUACGGGGUCCCCGCUGUCAUCGUCAUCGUAUGUGCGAGUGCCGGAUACGAAAACUACGGGACCUACACUCACUGCUGGCUCAGUCCCGACAACGGGUUCAUCUGGAGCUUUCUGGGACCUGUGGCGGCCAUCAUCUUGAUAAACUUGGUUUUCUACUUCCAAAUCCUGUGGAUUCUGAGGAGCAAGCUUUCUUCCCUUAACAAGGAAGUGUCCACCAUCCAGGACACCAGGCUCAUGACGUUCAAAGCAAUUGCCCAGCUGUUCGUUCUGGGGUGCUCCUGGGGCCUCGGUUACUUCAUGGUGGAGGAGAUGGGGGAGACGGUCGGCUCGGUCAUGGCCUACUUGUUCACCAUCGUCAACGUCCUGCAGGGGCUCCUGCUUUUUGUCAUGCACUGUCUCCUCAACCGCCAGGUACGAAUGGAAUACAGGAAGUGGCUGUGCGGCCUGCGGAGAGGAGCUGAAACCGAGAGCAGCGAGACGUCCCGUUCCACUGGCCACACCAGGAUGGAGGAGCUGCAGAAAUCUCAGUGCCUCAGUGGCCCGGCCACCUGCUCCUGGCCACCUCCCGGGACUGCCCAGCUGUGAACAGAGAACCGACGCCGUGUGCCGACAGCGCCUCCCUGUGGUCACACACGGGUUCGACGAAGCUGUGCCUGGUCUGGCCCUCACUUGCCUAUUUUGGGCUUUGCCUCCUACCCAAGGGAGAGAUGGUGAGGUCCCCAAUUGGGUGGUAUUUCGUGAGCAAAGGAUGCUCGCAGGGCAUUGGAUUUAGCCCCCAGAUCUCUCUGUUACACUCAAAAACUUUUGCAUCAUCACCGCCCUCCAUCCAUACCAUUCAACCAUUCCCAUAUGGGGCUGGCGCUGUGGACUAGUAGGUUAAUCCCCUCCCUGAAUGUGCCAGGAUCCCAUAUGGACUCCAGUUCGUGUCCCGGCUGCCCCGCUUCCCAUCCAGCUCCCUG